CCUCCCCACAUCUGCACCACAUAUUAAUAAUGCAUCCAAAGCACUCCUCUCUUCAUCCUCGUCUCCACCGCUUCUUCCCCUCCCGCUCUCUUCCGCCUCUACUUGGCCGUGUUGUCCCCGCUGCUCCUCCGGCUUCCCAGAUAUGAAUGGUGUCACUAGCUCAAGCUUGUUUCCUUUGCAGCGCUGUAAAACUGUGCACCUGGUCAGACAUGCACAAGGCAUUCAUAAUGUGAAAGGUGAAAAAGACUACAGAGCAUACUUAUCUCCAGAACUUUUUGAUGCACCCCUUACUCCAUUGGGAUGGGAUCAGGUCGAUAAUCUCCGUAAACACAUUAGAGCCUGCGGCCUAUAUAAGAAAAUUCAAUUGGUUAUCACCUCUCCUUUGCUAAGAACAAUGCAAACUGCCGUAGGGGUUUUUGGAGGAGACAGCUAUAGUGAUGGGGUCAAUGUGCCUGCCUUAAUGGUUGAAAACGUUGGGAAUAGUAACCGGCCUGCAAUUUCAAGCUUGAACUCUCCACCAUUUGUAGCGGUUGAAUCUUGCCGGGAGCAUUUGGGAGUUCGCCCAUGUGAUAAGAGGAGAAAUAUAAGUGAAUAUCGGCAUCUUUUCCCUGCAAUUGAUUUUUCUUUGAUAGAGAAUGAUGAAGACAUCUUGUGGAAAGCUGAUGUCAGAGAGACAAAUGAAGAGGUUGCAGCUAGAGGAGUAAAGUUUUUAAACUGGUUAUGGACACGAAAAGAGAAUGAGAUUGUUGUCGUUAGCCAUAGUGGGCUCUUGUAUCAUACCCUAAAAAUGUUUGGUAGUGACUGCCAUCCCAUCGUCAAAGAGGAAAUCAGCAAACAACGUCACUUUAGAGAAUCCAUUGAGCUCAAUUUCCUGGUAUACUAAAAUUGCUAAUGAUGCUACUACGGGAGUUCGAUGAAGAAGGAACUAGUCCAGUUAGUAUUUUGAAUAAACAUGAUUUUGAGGUGUGCACCAACCCUUUCAAAAAGUAGAAUCAGCAUAUUUGAUAUUUUGAUUAUAAUUAAGUAGAUAUUUUAGAAAAUAGAAGAGGCUAGAAUGCUAGUUAUGAACAUAUAGCAUUUAUCAAUUGUAAACAUGUCCUAGUUUUCACGAUAUAUAACACUUUAUUGCAGUUGUUACUUGUUACUGGAUGAGUCUAGUUUCAAUUGAAUAUUUUUUACCAAGUACCCGCUGUCAGAUUUCUUGUUUCGGUGUUGAUAGGAUGACUAUUUGUUCAAUGGAAUAGUAUCUUAUAAUUAUUUUACUC